AUGCCGUCAGUAAGGAGAAUAAAGUCUGUGAAGUGGGAAGAAGACGACCUUGACGACUACUAUUCAGAUGAUUUUUCAGACUCAGAUGAUGAAAAUUACGAAAAUUUGAAAAUAACCAACAAAACUAAAACUUUACCCAAGAAGAAUCUAGUUCAGAAAAGGGAAUCUAAACCAAGUCUUCAAGAAAAUAAACAAACUUCAAAUAAAACUAAUACUGUAAACUCCUCUAAGUUAAAUACACCAAAGAAUAAUUAUAAAGAUGGUGAAGAUUCAACACCGAAUAGGUACCCAUUGAACGUUGUAGUUUUAGGUGCAGUUGACGCAGGAAAGUCUACUUUGUUGGGACACUUUUUGACACUAACGAACUGCGUAGAUAAGAAGUUAAAGAAUGUAAAGCAUUUGUCGUGGAUUUUGGACCAAGGUGAUGAUGAGCGUGAUAAGGGAAUAACAAUAGAUCCAACUAAAUGCCAGUUUAAUUUAGAUCUUAAAAGCAUAAAACACAACAAUAAUCACAAUGAACACCAGAUUAACACAGAAAAUCCAGUCUACGAUCAUAUAAAGGUUAAUGUCAUUGACACUCCAGGACACCACGACCUAAUCCAGAACCUGGUAAUGGGAGCAGUAUUUGCUAACAGCGCAAUCAUAAUUGUGGACUCUAACGACGUGCUCAAGUCUGACUUUUUUGGGGUUUAUUUUAGCGAGCACAUGCUCCUUCUGUACCUUCUGGGAAUUAGGUACAUAAUUAUAUGCGUGAACAAAAUUGACAGAUUUGAAUACUCAGAGACCAUGUACAACAAAGUCGUCGAAAUCAUACGUAAACUGGUUGUAGUUUAUGAAAAAUCAGUCAAACUGAUUUUUCUACCAGUUUCAGGCCUUCGUGGAGAUAACCUGAUAGAUAAAUCCAACAAUUUAAGCUGGUAUAAGGGUCCAUCACUUAUAGAAUCAUUACAAGUCAUAUCGUUGGACUUGAUAAAGAGACCAGUGGUUGUUUAUGAUAAGAUCAUAUGUCACAUUUUCGACCUAUGGGAGUCAGGGAAAACAGUUAGUUGUUCAUGUUUCGUCGAGGGCAAUAAGAUGAAGGUUCCAGCUGAUAUGAACACACUACCUAAUUCAGUUCAAGUUAAAUGUGUGUCACUGGAGUAUCAGAUUCUGAAUCUAGUCUCUCCUACGUCAGUGUCAAAUAACAUCAAUUCCACUAACUCUAGCACAUGUUAUGUAAAUGAUUUCGUCGACUGCCUUGAAAUGAAAGGCACUGAAAUCAGUAAUUUAAUGUUCUCGAAGAUAAUGAUCGAUCCACACACAUACUCAAAAAUUAAAAAUAACACGAGUAGCAUAGCCAUACACAACGCAUUCAUAGGACUAAUAUAUUUAAAUGGAAUGAGUAAAGUAAAGUUGACAAUAGGUCAAAACGUGGAACUAUUUGUGGGAUACUCGAAACAAUCUGCAUUCAUUAGGGCAAUUCAGGUAAUUGACAAUUUCAAUACUUUGGGGUCAAAGAAAAUUUACUCUCUUUCUCCAGGCCAGUUUGCAUUUUUGGAAUUCGCAUCACACUCGCCAAUUUUAGUAGAACCGAUCGCAAGAACCUCUAAAUUCAUACAGAACAUGAUUGCCCAAUUCACAACGAAACCCGUAAACAUCAGCGAAGAUGAAGUGGAACAUGUGGGAAUCCUGAGCAGACUACUAGUAAGAAGCUCAGGAAGUUUCGUUGCAGGCGGGGUCGUAGUAAAUCAAUAA